AUGCUGACCUGCAUUGCUUGUUCCAAGCAGAUCGGCGGAUCGCUUGAAGACUACUCGGAGGACGAUGAUCUCGCCGGAGGACCGAGCACGCGGCAGGCCAUUAAAGCCCUAACCUCCCAGGUAUGAUGCCGCCGGCCGUUUUUGUUUAUCUUAGGGUUCUUCCUGGUGUGAUUGCGCUCUGUGGUGGUCUCCAGAUCAAGGACAUGGCGGUGAAGGCCACCGGAGCCUACCGCCACUGUAGGCCCUGCGCGGGAGACGGCCGCCACACGAGCUAUGCCGAAUCGGAAGCGGCGUCGGAAUCGGAGAGGUGGAACGGUUCCUGCCGGCGGACGGUGCUGGGAAGGGAGGUAGAGGAGCGGCUGAGAGCUAUCUCCGGCGCCGACGUCACGCCGUCGAUGAGCGGCCGGAUGGAGGAUUUGGCAAUGGAGAUGGAGGAGUACAGGGAGUGGGUGGCGCAGGUGGAGCCCGGCGUCCUUAUCACCUUGUUCUCCCUCCCCUAUGGAAAGAACGACCUCAGAAGGAUCCGCUUCAGGUAGCUUCUUCACCUCCAUUUAUCCUCUUCCUUCUUCUUCUUCUUCGCCGGCGAGCCGUGAUCACCGGCGCCGGAGAAGAAGACUGAAUCGAAAGGUGGGCUAAAUUCACACUAGUGGUGCCUUUUUUAUGAACAGUAGUUAACAGUGGGUUUUCUUGCAAUUUGUCGAGCAUGAGGUAGUUUUCAUGUACGGGGAUUCCUUGCCGGGAACUUUGGCUUUACCUGCCGCGGAGCAAAAGAUUUCUCGGGAAACGAGAAAGCUCGUUCUGACCCCCCUCCCGUCGUCCCCUUCAUCGCCGGCGACCUUCUCGCCGGCGUGGAUCUAUCCUUCCCUUGCUCGGCCACGCGUCUUCUGAAGAUGUUAAUUAUCGUAGAAUUGUUUCAAUCCCCGGUCCGGUUCCCCUCAUUGAACUCGCCGUGGAUCCUUCACCAGCGGGGAUGCCCUCGCGAGGAAUUGAAUGGCAUCAGUCGAGCGUUGCUGUGAUUUUCGUGGCUCAGAUUCGAUCAGAUGCCUCCUUCCGAUCCCUGUUUUGGAGUGUCAACGCUGUUCGGUUUGCUAGCUGUGCCGUGAAUUCGUUCUUACCUGGUGUGAUCUAUCUCUUCUUGUUCUCCCCUGCAGCCGGGAGAUGUUCAACAGGAGACAGGCGCAGCGGUGGUGGGCGGAGAACUGCGACAAGGUCAUGGAACUCUACAACGUCCAUCGUCUCCACCGCCGGGGACUCCCCACCCCUCCCCGUUCCGAAGACGAGGUGAGGUCUCCCAUCAUCUUCUCCCAUUUUUAUCGUUCUUAUCUUUCAUUGAUUCUCUCCGCCUCGGUGUUCAGAGCUCGCUGGCUGAAUCAGCGGAGGACAGCCCGGUGACUCCCCCGCUGUUCGAGGGACGCCUUCCUCGGAACCUCCACAAGUUCUCCGGAGCGGGCGGCGGAGCGGGGAGCUACUCCUCGCCGGACUCCCUCGACCACCACCCCACAUACCGCCGCGCCAACGGCUCUGGUAGGCUCGCCGGCACCCCGAAGCUGCCGGAGCUUAGCGCCGCCGCGGCGGAGGCUUCCUCUGUCGGCCACUCGGCGAGGACGAGCGGCUCCGCAGAGGAUGACCAAGAGAGGGAGUGGGUGGAGCAGGACGAGCCCGGUGUCUACAUCACCAUCAGGGCCCUUGCCGGCGGCGGCCGGGCGCUCCGGCGAGUCCGCUUCAGGUCAGUAACUCUCCGCUCCAUCAUCAUUCCUCCCCCACAGCCAUGGUUUCCUUUCCUUCUCAGGCAAGUUUUCCCGCAGCCGUGACAGGUUCGGUGAGAUGCAUGCGAAACUGUGGUGGGAAGAGAACCGGGCCAGAGUACACCAGCAGUACCUCUGA